UUGGCUGAUCACUUGCAGCGACACUUCUUCCGCACUCUCUGAGAGACUCAUGGCUCGGCGGCCGCGGAAUAGUUUAUAUAGUAGUGAUGAGGACGAAGAAGAAAUUGAAAUGUUUGAUCAUGAUUAUGAUGGCCCCCAACCAAAGUCUUGUAAACGUCAAUUAAGCAAAACUCGAUGGACACGUGAAGAGGAUGAAAAACUGAAGAAAUUAGUUGAACAACAUGGAACAGAAGACUGGAAAGUGAUUGCUAAUUUCCUUCCAAAUCGGACUGAUGUGCAGUGCCAACACCGCUGGCAAAAAGUUCUAAAUCCCGAACUUAUUAAAGGCCCUUGGACAAAAGAAGAGGAUCAAAGGGUAAUAGAACUUGUUCAGAAAUAUGGCCCAAAACGCUGGUCUGUUAUCGCAAAGCACUUAAAAGGCAGAAUAGGAAAACAAUGCCGGGAGCGAUGGCACAAUCAUCUGAAUCCUGAAGUUAAAAAAACUUCCUGGACUGAAGAAGAAGACAGAAUUAUAUAUCAAGCACAUAAAAGACUUGGAAAUAGAUGGGCAGAAAUAGCAAAGCUACUUCCUGGAAGGACUGAUAACGCUAUCAAGAACCAUUGGAAUUCAACAAUGCGUCGUAAAGUGGAGCAAGAGGGCUAUCUGCAGGAAUCUUCAAAAAUUAGUCAGCCAACAGUGACCACAAGUUUUCAAAAAAAUAAUCACAUUAUGGGUUUUGCCCAUACACCUCCUUCUGCCCAGUUGCCAACUACCCAACCCCAAGUAAAUGGUGACUAUGCAUAUUUUCACAUUCCUGAUCCACAAGAGAUACCAUACCCAGUGGCUCUACAUAUGAACAUGGCCAAUAUUCCCCUACCUGGCACUGCAGCUAUUCAGAAGCACUAUAAUGAUGAAGAUCCUGAAAAAGAGAAAAGAAUAAAGGAAUUAGAGUUGCUACUAAUGUCGACUGAAAAUGAACUGAGAGGGCAGCAGGCAUUACCAACUCAAGCAGCAGACUACUCUGGUUGGAAUGGUACUGUAGUCAUUGAUAAUGCAGGAGUUCACAAUAGCAGUGUGGCCAUUACUUGUUUGGGAGAACAUCGGCAGCCAGCACACCCACCUCACAUGGAACAUGGUUGUUUGCCAGAAGAAAGUGCAUCACCAGCAAGAUGCAUGAUUCAUUCUAAUGGAAUACUCUCACCAAUGAGAAAUGUUCCAAAUUCUGAGUACACAGAAACACUUCAACUCAUAGAUUCAUUUUUAAAUACACCCACAAAUGAGCACCUAGAAAUGGAAUCACCUGCAUUAACUUCUACGCCAGUGUGCAAUCAAAAGAUCAUUGUAACAACUCCACUACAUCGUGACCAAACACCUAAGCCUCAAAAAGAAAAUGAUGCUUUCAGAACUCCAAAUAUCAGACGUUCAAUAUUAGAAGGCUCACCUAGAACACCCACACCCUUUAAAAAUGCACUUGUUGCUCAGGAAAUUAAAUGUGGACCCUUGAAAAUGCUGGCAACAUCUCAUCUUGCAGACAACACUCAAGAUGUAAUUAAACAAGAGGCCAAUGAAACUACAAUUAUAAGUAGUCUUCAUGAAAAUGGACAACCUCUUUUAAAGAAAAUUAAGCAAGAAGUGGAGUCUCCUGAUAAGAAAAUGAGGAAAUUCCUCACAUUGGCACCAUGGGAAAGAGAACACUUAAAUACUCAGCUUUUCUCACAGGUUCCUUUGGAAGAAGUACCUAUGCAAAAUCUCCUGACAAGUUCUGUAUUAAUGAUGCCUGUAUCAGAGAAGACUGAUGACAUUCUUAACAAAGCAUUUGCAGCACAAAUGAGCAAACAGAUGGGCAGUUCAUUGCAGUUUGCCAAUACUUGGGAGGCUGUGGCUUGUGGGAAAACAGAAGAUCAACUUAUUGUAACUGAGCAAGCACGCAAAUACAUGAACACCUUUUCUACACGAACAUUAGUUAUGUAAUUUUUUUUCCAACUAAGCAUUAAGAAGUUUUGAAACACAUUGUAGACUCACAAUCCUCAUUUCUUCUUGUGAGCUUUCCAUCAAUGGAUGUAGAGCAAUGUUUUAUGACAACAAUUCAAUGGUGCAAAUUCCAUUCUUCACUAAGCACAAUUCUGUUGUUUGUCAGACUAGAAGGGUUGUAUUUCACCAGCCAAAAAGAUAAGUAUCGCAGUUAUCUACAGUAAAAGAUGCUUGAAGUUACAAAAAUGAUUCCUUCUAUUUAAAAAAAGUUGAAUAAAUAUUUUCAGUUGUAUUCAGCAGACUGUAACAUAUCAGUAUUCUUUUUGUAUUGGGUGGCGGAAAAGCAAUUAGUUUUUGGAAGUACUUCAAGACUGAUGUAAUUUAAAUAUGUAAGUUAAUAAAUUAAAUGAAAUGCACUGUUGACAAAAUAGAGGUAUAGCAUUACUACAAACCAAAUUAGAUGAAAAAAAUCAAGCUUUUGAAGAUGUAAAAUUGAUAGGUUUGAAGUAUUGUUUUUGUUUGAUUUUUUUGGGCCUUGUUUUGAGCCAUAUAUUAUAUAUAAUAUACAUACAUAUAUAUAAAAUAUAUGUGCAUGUGUGUUUUUGU